ACUGAAAUAGCAUUCCAUUCAUAAAUCUAUCAUGGUAUCAGAGCAUUCUUUCUUGCGUUUCUUUCUAUAAGUCAUAAACUUUUUUUUCCAUGUCAGCCGCCACAGAAAAUGCAACUCCUCUUACAAGCACAACAAACAUGGAGGCAGAUCCAUCAUCUCCCUUUUAUCUGCAUCAUUCCGAUGGUCCAGGCACUACACUUGUGACACAACUAAUGACAGGGAACAAUUAUCCCACAUGGAGCCGUGCAAUUACUAUGGCUUUUGAAGCAAAAAAAAAACUUGGAUUUGUUGAUGGAACAAUUCCAGAACCAAGUGCUACAUCAGCAACAUAUACUAUCUAGAAACGUUGCAAUAGCAUGGUUCUUUCGUGGCUUCUGAAUGCUGUCACCAAGGAGAUAGCCAAUAGUGUGGUCUUUAUGAAGACAGCUCGAGCAGUUUGGCUUGAUUUGAAGGAACGGUACUCACAACAUAAUGCCCCACGUGUUUUCGAAAUUCAAAGGUCCAUUGUGAAUCAUAUGCAGAGAAAUGAUUCAAUCACAACAUAUCACACCAUGUUGAAGAGUUUAUGGGAUGAGUUGUCUAUCUAUAACACCUAUCCUACGUGCACUUGUGGGACUAUGUCUGAAAUCAUUCAACUGGAAGAACAGGGGCACCUAAUGCAAUUUCUCAUGGGACUUAAUGAAUCUUACAGCAACUUGAGGAGCCAAAUCCUGGUAAUGAGUCCUUUACCUACUGUUACAAAAGCACUAUCUUUGGUUUUACAGGAUGAGAGGCAGUGCUCCAUUCAAGUAUUUUCUCAACCACCUUACCCAGAGCAAUCUACCAUGGCUGCAAGUAAUGUGCAGAGGUCAUAUUCUGGCUAUCGACAGAGUCAGUCUUUCAAAAAUAAGGGUACCAGACCUUUCUAUCAUUGUGAUUUCUGUGGGAUGGAUGGUCACUCUGAGUCUCGUUGUCAUAAAAAGCCAGGCAAUUCCAAUUUUCCACAGAGGCGUGAGACUAGGGAGUUUCAUUACGAUUGCAGAAUAGACCUAUGACUGCAGCUGUCGAUCAUGAGGCAUUACGUUCAAACUGUGACCAACCUUUCACUCGGGAACAAAUUCAACAGCUUCUU